AUGGCGGAGGCGGUGUUCCGCCCCCCAAAGAGGAAGAGAAGAGUGCACGAGAGCUAUGAGUCUCCCCUGCCCAUCCCUUGCGGUCAGGACCGUGGUUCUGAGAAGGGCUUCCGAAUCUUCCAGGCUGAGAUGAUAAACAGCCACGUGGUUGUGAGGGGCCUGGAAGACAUGGAGCAGCUCUACGGGAAGGGUUAUUUUGGAAAAGGCAUCCUGUCCAGAAGCCGACCAAACUUCACAAUCUCAGAUCCUAAGCUGGUUGCUAAAUGGAAAGAUAUGAAGCUAGACCUACCAGUAAUCACAUCAAAGAAGUAUCAGCGCAGCGUGGAGUGGGCCGCAGAGCUCCUGCGAAGACAGGGCCAGGACGAGAGCACAGUGCGCAGCAUCCUCGAGGGUUACACGAAGCCCCUUGAACAUCCUCGUCUGAAAAGGACGGAAGACGUCCCAUUGGGCGAUGAACCCAACUGCGAUCUGGUUUCCACAUCGGAAGGCAGAGCAGACAGACAGAAACUCUCUGCCGUGAAUGGGGUCGAGGGCAAGUCGUGUGAUAUGGAGGAUUCCAGCGAGCGAUCAGACGGCAUGCAGGAGGGCCCCGGGCCUGAGCCCCGAGCCCCAGACGGCGGCUUGGGUGAACACGUGGCCGAGGUCCCCGCGCCUCUGCCCCGCGGCCACUGCGGCAGACAGGACGCUCUCCUGCCGCCAUCUGGCGGUCAGCCUGGGGACAGCAACCGGCGAGCCAGUCUGGCCCCGGCGGGAGAGAGGGGGCCUGAGCACGUGCUGGUGGAGGAAGCCGUGUGUGCCGGGAGCGAAAGCGAAGAGGCCCCAGCGGGGGGCGUGUUGCCGCAGAAGACACUGGUAUGUAGGAGAAACCCGUUUAGGAUCUUCGAGUAUCUGCAGCUCAGCCUAGAAGAGGCCUUCUUCCUGGUCUAUGCUCUGGGAUGUCUGAGUAUUUACUAUGAAAAGGAGCCUUUAACGAUCAUGAAGCUCUGGAACGCUUUCACCACCGUGCAGCCCACGUUCAGGACGACCUACAUGGCAUACCAUCACUUCCGCAGCAAGGGCUGGGUGCCCAAGCCCGGACUUAAGUACGGAACAGAUUUGCUGCUGUAUCGAAAAGGCCCUCCGUUUUACCAUGCCAGCUACUCCGUCAUCGUGGAGCUGGUGGACGACCGUUUCCAGGGUGCUCCUCGCAGACCUCUCAGCUGGAGGUCCCUGGCUGCCUUGAGCAGAGUUUCAGUCAGUGUCUCCAAGGAACUUAUGCUGUGCUAUUUGAUUAAACCCUCCACCAUGACCGACAAGGACAUGGAGUCACCCGAAUGUAUGAAACAAAUUAAAGUUCAAGAAGUGAUUCUCAGCCGCUGGGUCUCCUCACGGGAGAGGAGCGACCAGGACGAACUUUAA